AUGGCUGAGCAACGCAGAGGUCCCAGAAGGCCCAGAACUAGGAAUGUGGAGCCCGACCAAGGAACCGGAGGUGCAGGCGUGCCUUGGCAACAGAUGAUGCAGCAAAAUAAGAUGAUGGCCCAAAUGAUGCAAGGCAUGCAGGGACAACAACCUCCUACCCAAGUUCCCGUUCCUCAGGCUGCAGCUGGACCAGACUUUCGUGCUUUCUUCAGGAUGGAUCCUCCGGAGUUUGUUGGCGGACUUGACUCUCUUUUGGCCCAUGAUUGGCUAGCUGGUAUGGAAAGGGUGUUCCAAGCUAUUCAGUGUACUGAAAAAGAAAAGGUGAUCUUUGCUACUCAGAAGAUGAAGGGACCGGCUCUUAGGUGGUGGAACACUGCAUCUACCUAUUUCACCAUACAAGAGAUUCCUAAGGAUUGGCAACACUUCAAAGUAGCAUUCUUGGAGAAGUAUUUCCCUAAUAGUGUGAGGACUCAGAAGGAGCGAGAAUUCCAGAACUUCAAGCAAGGUGACAUGUCCGUUUCGGAAUAUGCAGAGAAGUUCGAAGACUUGGCUGAUUACUCCCGACAAGCUGUUUAUGCUCCAGAUGAACUAUGGAAGAUUGACCAGUUCAUGAUGGGUUUAAGGGAUGACAUUGCUCAUAGUGUAUCCCAAAGAGAGUUCACUACUUAUGCUGAGUGUUUGAGGCAAUGCUAUGUUGCUGAAAACAGUUUGAAGAGGGUUCAAGAAGAGAGGAACCAGAACAGGACUAAUUUUAGGGAGCAAGGAAGAUCUACUCAACACUUGAGGCCUCGUAACCCUCCAUCAAAGAAGAAGCAGGUUUAUGGUAACCAAUCAGCUCAACCGCCCUAUUGUCACAAGUGUAAUAGGAAGCACACCGGGGAGUGCACCAACCCUUCAGUGACUUGUUACGAGUGUGGCGAGCCAGGUCACAUAUCCAGAUUCUGCCCCAAGAAGAGAGUUCCUGAGAAGACUGCAGGUCGUGUUUACACGUUGGAUUCAAGGAAGGCUAAGGGAAACCACAACCUCAUUGCGGUUUUCAUGGAUUACAUGAAUCGAAUCUUUCAACCAUAUCUGGACCAGUUUGUAGUAAUCUUCAUUGACGACAUCCUGGUGUAUUCCCGUACUCCCGAAGAUCAUGAAGAGCAUUUGCGGAUUGUGUUAUCUACUCUUCGGGAGAAGCAAUUGUAUGCCAAGUUCAGUUAUUACCGAAGAUUUAUUAUGGGGUUUGCUAAGCUAGCCUUACCAUUGACGAAGCUUACCCGUAAGGAAGUUGCUUUUGAAUGGAAUUCCGAAUGUGAGCAGAGUUUUCAGAAGCUUAAGAAGAAGUUGACUACUGCACCCGUAUUAGUGAUUCCGGAUCCAAACCGAUCCUAUGAAGUGUUCUGCGACGCUUCUAAGAAAGGAAAGGCUAACAAAGUGGCAGAUGCCUUAAGUAGGAAGGAAUUUCGAGUUGCUGAACUGAUGAUGUUAGAGCAUGGAUUGUUGGAGAAGUUUCGAAAUCUUAACCUUCAGUUUGAAUGGACACCCAAUGGUGUGUUGAUUAGUAACUUGAACAUCCAGAAUGAGCUACAAGGAAGAAUUCAGAUAUCACAGGGGUAUGAUGAGCAAUUGCAAGCGAGCGGAGGCAUGCUUGAUUUUGUGAGGGCACCUGAUGGAGACUUGAAGAAAGACUUUUGGUGGCCGGGAAUGAAGAAGGAGAUUGCAGAAUAUGUGGCACAAUGUUCCGUUUGCCAACAAGUUAAGAUUGAACAUCAGAGGCCAGGAGGAAUGUUACAGCCACUGGAGAUACCGAUGUGGAAAUGGGAUUCUAUCUCCAUGGAUUUCAUUGUGGGAUUACCUCGUACUCGAGGCGGACAUGAUUCUAUAUGGGUAAUAGUGGACAGGUUGACUAAGUCUGCUCACUUUUUACCUGUAAAGACCACUCACAAGGUGAUUCAUCUUGCAAGGCUUUUCAUAGCAGAGAUUGUACGGUUGCAUGGCGUGCCAUCUAGUAUAGUGUCCGAUCGUGAUCCAAAGUUCACUUCGAGAUUUUGGAAGAUGUUUCAUAAGGAAUUGGGGACUAAACUAGAUAUGAGUACAUCCAACCAUCCUCAGUCUGAUGGGCAGACAGAGAGGACAAUCCAGACGAUAGAAGAUAUGUUAAGAGCUUGCAUUCUAGAAGAAGGUGGGAGUUGGAAGGAUCAUUUACCGUUGGUAGAGUUCGCAUAUAAUAACAGUUACCAUGCUAGUUUGGGUAUGGCUCCCUAUGAGGCUCUAUAUGGGAGAAAAUGUCGAUCGCCACUAUGUUGGGCCGAAGUGGGGGAGAAAAGUAUUCUUGGACCGGAGAUUAUACAAGAAACCACCGCGAAAGUCAAAAUGAUCCAGGAUAAUCAUAAGAAAGCCCAAGGCCGACAGAAGAACUAUGCGGACAAACGGAGGAGACCUUUAGAAUUUGAAGUUGGUGAUCAUGUGUAUUUGAAGGUCCCUCCAAGAUUGAGGUUGGGAGGACCGUUCAAAACGCGAAAGCUCUGUCCGAGGUAUGUGGGACCAUAUCAGAUUAUGAGCCGGGUAGGUGAAGUGGCUUAUCAGUUAGCACUACCACCCUCACUAUCCGGGCUGCAUGACGUAUUCCACGUAUCUCAGCUCCGAAAGUUCGUGCCCGAUACUUUCCAUCCUAUUCUUCCAGAUUCUGUUGAAGUAGAACCAGAUCUUUCCUAUGAUCCUCAACCUUGCCGUGUCUUAGAGCGAGCUAGCAAGUCUCAAAGGAGUAAGGAGAUACCUAUCGUGAAAGGGAUGAACUUAGAAGCAUUUUGGGACUGUCAUAGAAUCCUUAAAAAUGCAGAAAAAUGA